AUGGCGCCGAAGAAGAAAGCUACCGGUGGAGGAGGAGGAGGAGGAGGAGGAGGGAGAAAGGGAGGGAAGAAAGGUGGAGGGGUAGAGAAGACGGCGGCGGCGGCGCCGCCUAAGAAAGCUGCGGCGAAGGGUAAGGGCAAGGGCACGGGCACGGGCACUGGAUCUGGUGCUGUUGCUGCUGCUGCUGCUGCUGCUGCUGCUUCAAGUCGUGGAAAUCCACCAGGCAGGAUUGAUACUCAGGCCCACGGGAUUGGACGACGCACGCGUGGAGCUCGAGGGCAUCGCGCUGGGGAGGGCGAGGAAGUCAGUCCUUUGGAGGUUCGCGAUGUUGAUAAGGUGUUGAGGGAGGGCAAGGAGGAGAAAGGGAAGGGGAAGGGUCGUGGUCGUGGUCGUGGUCGCAAGCAGCAGUCCGAGGAGACGGAAGAUUCGCAAUCUCAGAGGCCUGACGACGAAGCGACUGAGGGCGAGCAGCAAGCACAGGGCUCGGAGGUGCCGGCUACUGGAGCUGAACAGACUAGCUCGACGCCUCCAAGUGGGAAGCGACUGCGUGGCAACGCUGUUGAUGAUGCUGAUGAGACUUCGCCGAAGAAGACGAAGAAGGGCAAAGGCCACGCUGGGACCGGAGAGGGUCCUGAGCAGGGAGGCUCGCAGCAGGCUGAUGCGCCAGAAACUGCUGAAGGUGCUUGCGAGAAGCUUUCCAGACUCUUGAACGAGCGGACUCAAUCACUCAACGCUGCGAUCGAACGAGGCGAGUUGGCAGAUGAUCCUCUCGUCGAAGGCCCCGAGGAGGGCCAGAGAAUCCACUCCUUGGCCGUGUGGCGUGCAAUUGCUGCAGUGACAGAGGCCAUCACGGAGCAAGGGAACGGCACGGAAUUCUCUCUCCUCGACGGCAUGAAUUUCGGCUUCAUGAGACGAGGAGAGCCAAUGGGUCAAAAUGUCGUGCGACCAGGGAACGAAGCUUUUAUCCCCAGAAUCGAACGGCAUACUGUUCCACUGCGAGAAGGUCGCCCGGGCAACAAUGCUGAUUAUGCUGAUCAUACAUCUCUCCUUCACCUGCGGCGGGAAGAAGGGGCCAACUUCUCUCUGCAGCACUACGAUACCGCAAACCGGUUCGAUCAUCAUCGACGCGAUUUGCAGACGUAUGGAGACAGCAUUCGGAAUGGCCUCGCUACCGCCGGAUGGAAUCCUCGCGAUCCGGCAGAUAUUGCAGCAGCCCAAGACGCAGGCAACCAAGGACGUCAGCGGUACAACUGGGAAUGCAGCUACUACGCGGUGCUCUUCUCCUGGGCUCUGGCGCUAGGACUUGACGUUUCCAACUUCCACGGAGUCGACAACAACUACGGACUCUUUAGCCGUCGUCUGGUGCCCAUGUUGGGACUUGCCCUGCAGGGCUUCCUGGACAGCGACACCAUCGAAGCGUUCCUGAAAUGCUACCGCUUCAUCGCGCCCGACGCGCAGAUCCCCCCCGAGCGAAGAUUCGCUCGUACGGUGCCUUUCCGCGCCGCAGCGUCGCUGGAAACUCGUACCCGGCUGGAGCACGAAAUCCGCCAGGCGGCAGAGGCGCUCGAAACGCAGAUCCCCGCCACGCUCGGUCUGCUUCUGCAGGCUCUCGGGGAGCCCGAGGGGAAUCUGCAGGACGGAGUCGGCUUUGACUAUGUUCUGAGAUAUGUGGACCUUCAGCGACUCUCUGAGCCGCCACCUGGUGAGUCGCAGACUCCGAAUUCGCGCGCAACAAAUCUUCAAGUGGACCCGGAUUCUGCUACGAGGGCACGGACUGCUGCGAUGGGAGCUGGGCUCACCCGGGAGGAUGUCCGGAUUGGUCAGGCUGUGGCUGCUGGGCUUCAGGCUGACCAUGCAGGGCGUCGGGGGAGUUCUGUUGGAGGGGACGGAUCUGUCGAUGAGGCAGGGAAGGCUGCUCAGAGCGGCGAAGCUGGGCUGGAAACUGCUACUCCUGGCCCGCCCAACACACCGGGAACUGACGCGGCUGGACCACUUCCUGGAUCAGGUAACACAACUGUUGAUAACGGCCCUGCUACUUUUGGCGGGAAUACACGCUCAGAGUCACCACUGACGCGCCCGAGAUUUUCAGAGGAUAUCAUCGACGCCGACCUCCGCGCGAGGGCAAGACGGCAACCGGAAUCCGGCGCACCAGCCGGCGGCUUUCGAGCAUUCCUAGACGAAUUGCCAGAGUCGACUCUCGUAGGGCCCCGAGGCCUCCUCGCGCAAUGGCACGGCGCCAUGUGGUUCUUCCGAUGGCUACUGGAAUGGCGUUCGUUCUUGAUACGUGUACGCCAAGAGCAAGACGAUCCAUCAGCAAGCGCUCAAAACGCCGAUAUUGCCACCUUCAUCCGCCAACAAGCCGAAGGGGAGCGCCAGUUCUUGGUCGGAGAGGGCCUCCUCCCUGCCGACAGAACUUUCAACGACGGCGGCGAUAGCAUGAGCGAGAUUCAACGCGCACAGAUGUUGUAUCUGCAUGUGCACGUCGAACAGCAGUACAUUCGGGAGGCCGAAGAGUAUAUCCGCGCGCGAACGGCUGAACCGAGUUACUUUGAGCAGACUCUGUCUUGGAUCUUCAAUGGAGGCUGGCAUCCGCUCGGGCUCACUGAAGAUGAAGAAGAUGAAGUUCAGCGCUUGCAGAACCUUUUCCGGCAGCGUCAUAACUACGACGGAGACCCGCAGCAUCCUGGUUUAGAAGCUCGCUUGACAAGGCUCGGAACGGCCAUCAGGACGCUCUUCCCAGCGCAGAGGGAUGUCAUUCGCGCUGGUAUCCCCGCAGAGCAGAUCCAGGAAGUAGAGCGGGUUCUUCGAGUUCGGGAUAAUACGCUGGACCGGAGUCCUCGGAUGUUUGUUGAGUAUUGGGUGCAUGCUCUGCGAGGGUUGAUUCGGGCGCAUGCGAAUCGGGAUCUCACUACCGAUGCUGAGAGAGCAGCGGCUCGUGAGGCUUUUCUCCGGGAGUUGAGUGGUGCUCCUGAGCGACCGGAUUUUCCUGAGCCUAGGAUGCCGGCUGACCCUGAUGAUGGCAACGACGAUGAGGAUGAUGAUGAUGAUGAUGGGGAUGACGAUAGGCCUCGGCCAAGGGGCAAAACCCUGCUCAGACCCCGUGCACACCCAAAUCCUGCAGAGGAAGAUGAAGAUCUGUACGAUGACAGUCAACGUGGAGGUCGCCGUUCCAACGGAGGAGCUGGGGGUAGUGGAGGUCCUGGGUCGGAUCCUAGUCAAGGAGGCAGCAGUCAAGAUCUGCCUUCUGGAGGAUGGAGUGGCGGAGCCGCUAUGCAAGAACUUCUCAACAACGGUGAUGAUCAGGGUGACUCCUCAUCUUCUGUGCCGUCGGGAGGGUCAGACGAGCAGCAGGCCCCGGGUUCAGGGAGCAGAUAUCAGAACGCAAGCAACGCUCAGGACGACGAAGACGAGGAGGAGGAGGAGGAGGUGUUAGGCGUGCCCCAAGAAUUUCUCGAUCUGGUCGAGGAAGUUCGGAUGGACUUCGGAGAGCCAUCGGGCGAGGAACCUCUCGGAGAGCGGCUCGAGGCUCUGUGGACUGACCUGCAAGAGGCCGGUGUUCCUGACGAUCGACAACUCUACAUCUUGACCGGAUGGAUCGUGGCGCAAGAAGAUCGACUGCAAGACGAAGGAUCGGACAGCAAUCGGGCCUCACUGCUCUAUGCUGGCUUGCAAACUCGCGCAGGCCUCACGGAAGCAGAGCAAGAUCGGCUGACAUGGAUCUUUGAGCAGCUCUAUCGAGAAGAUGCCCACGAACGCCUGCGCGAGCAGAUACGAUGGCUUGGGGACUUCCUUCGAGCGCCUGAAGACAGAACGCUACGUGUGGACGCUGUCAUUGGAUCCGGCACCAUGGAAGAAUCACGGGCGAGAUAUUUUGAAGAAGUUUUCUGGCACCUGGCAGAGCAGCGCGGACGCCGAGCGCUCGAAAAUGUCCUUCCCGCGUGGUUCCCUCCAGUCGAGAUCGCCCACGAUGCACGCACGGCUACGCGCAAUGCUGGUGAGAGUGCAGUCGUGGCUGACGGAGAGGCGGCACGGGCGGGCUUGCAGGAGCUUUUCCGUCGCCUGGAAGCAGCAGGACUUCCUCCGGGAGUACGAGCCCGUCUGAAUGGAUUCUUUAACGCUCAGGGCCCGCGAGAAGCAACGCGGCAGGAGUUGUGGCAACGGCAACGAUUCGUCCGAGACCUUUUGAGAUUCCAUGGCGACGUGCAAGACCAGUAUAGGAAUGACCAAGCGGCGUUGGAGUCGGCGCUGAUGGAGCAUGUGCGUUCGUGGCAAUAUCAGUAUCUUAAGAGUCCGCGACAACUCCGUGGUGGUGAGAGUCCAAGCUAUAUGCCAUCCAGUCUGAAUGAGCAAUCUGGUGCUGCGACCCAUCAGACUGAAGAUGCUCAGAAUGGUGUCACAUCUCCCAUCUAUCCACCGGAACAACCUCAGACGUCACCGGACCAGCAGCAUAGUAGCUCAUCAGGAGGAGCCGAGCCAAGCUUGCGAAGAUACGACGAGGCGCGUCUCAACCCCGACCGGCAAAGAGCUGAUGAAUGGGCGAUUCAACGCCAGGAUCGGGCGUCACACCCGACUGGAGCAGUUCCUGGUACCGAAGAAGAAGCGCGUGAGGAUGUCCGAGCGAGGGCGAAUGAGAUCUUGCAGAACCCCGAAUGGGAGGACAUGCUCCACCAACAUGACGCAUCACGCCCUUAUGUACCGCCACCACCGCGCACUGGACGGCCUGCUGAUACAUCCCCUAUUCCAGAUUACGGGGCUACAUCUCCACUGUCGCAUCACUCCUCUGACGAUGGAAGUCGAAUAGCGGCUGCCGGUCUUGCCAGACCCCCCCGUGGGCCCAAUGCUCAUCUGGACUCUCCGGUGAGUCCUCCGCUUCAUGAACAAGGCUACAGUCGGGCACAACUCGAAGACAUAGCGGCUCUUAAUCGACUCCUUGGAGCGGCUCAGGAUGCUACUCCCGAACCCGAACAUCAGCCCCCCGCUCAACAGUCCGGCGGGAGCGACAAUAAUCCUUCCAGCGCUGCUAGCUCUUCGCUGGAAAAUCGAAGGUCUUCAAGCUAUGAGGGAAAUCAAACUCGCGACGAGCUUGAGCAAAGAUCCUCAAGCUAUGAUUCACCGACUCCCGUUCAUCCUGGGCGGGGGACAUCUGUGGAGUCGUCUCAGUUCCACGGCGGCUCUGAUAGCUCUCCUCAGGUCCGACAAAGCUCACAGAGCCAUAGCCCAGCUGUAGAACAUGAGCCGCGAGGUGAAUCCGCAGAGCCGGGUCCCGGGUCAUCCUCUCCGCUCGACACGAAUGCCAGCCGUCGUGGAACGGAAGCAUCUCUGCCAGACCCUGCUGCCUCGUCUAAUCUUCCAGACGCAGAACAAGCGGAGGAACCGGAUGAUAGAGAUCUCUUCGACGGCGAUUUGGAAGAAGAAGAUGACGACACAUCUGCCGUGGAGCAGCAAAAUCCAUCACCAGAGAGCCCGACGCCUGGACUGGCCCUGCCUCCAACCACCGGACCGCCGACCGCAUUUUUCAUGCCCGUUGCGCCACCCGAGAUCGUACCGCCUCUGCCGCAGUUCCAGAUGUUUCCAGGCGCCAUGUCGCCCACGUGCCGCAAGAGGAGUUGGGAGCAGUAUUCGGCGGAUCUGACUGGGGAGAAGAGUGAAGAUGACGAGCGAUCGAAGAGCCCGAGAACUCAGACUGAACCACUGCGGAUGGCAGAAGGGCACCACCAGGAAGACCCAUCUCAGCAGCAGCGAAGAUCACUCGAGAGUGAGAUGGAGUCGUCGCUCCCACCGACGAGCGUCAACGUCCACGUCCGUCCAAACUUGAUUGAUGUCUCCUCUGGUCAGCGGAUAGGCACGGGGGAUCCGAACGAGCGUGAUGAAACGACUGUGGACUCUGCAUCGCGAUCACGAGAGACCUCGGACCCUACGGCGUAUCAGCUCCAGAGUCGUCUUGCGGAGCAACGCCGCCUCAGUCAUCCCCAUCACCAUCAUCGGAGACCCUACUCAUGA